AUGGGUGACGCAGGACAGUACCAAGGCUCACAAGCCUUCAGCCAUAUUGUGCCCCAGAAAAAUGAGUCCGUAAACCCUAAUACGGGGUCAUUGAACUAUACAACACAGCUGCUGCAACUUCGUGGCGUCAGACCCGGUAUUGACUUAAGUCUGAACGUGUUUUAUAGUUACGGCACGGUGGGCACUUUUGGUCUACCACAUAAUUGGAGUCUCGAUCUUCCCUACGUUCUAGAUGGCAAGAGUCUUACUGCAAAUGGACAUACCUAUGCCAUCGACUAUGAAUGGUCCGACGACAAGGACUAUGCCUCUGGCCUGAAGUACAUGAAUAACCACGGCAUCAAGUUUGAGAAAAUUGUCCCUCCUCAAGAUCUACCUUCUGGACUUCCUGGACAAUACGGUUACCAGCUUAGUCAGGUUGACGGGUCCAAGGUGUACUUUGAUGUUGAAGGCAAGCCCUUGCAGAACUCAGAUAUCUACGGUAAUUUCAUUUACUAUAGCUAUCUUCAGGGCUCCGAUGGUGGUGUUGCUUCGCAGAACGUGCUCCUGGAUUUCGUCCAAGACUCCUGGGGACAACGGAUUACCUUCCAAUAUCAGGAGUCUCAGCAGUGGGUAAUCACGCUUCCUACAGGCUCAUACACAACAAUCAACUUCUCGGAAGAUGGCAUUCUUACCAUCCAGGACCCUGCAGAACUUAUCACGUCCUUUGACUAUCAGCCUUCUCCUGGAGAUAGUAGGUCGAAGGUUCUGUCUAUAAUUACGUAUCCCACUGGACUAUCGUCAAGAUAUGAGUGGGGUACUGUUGAAUACCUAGACGGGAAUGGAUCCGCACAGUAUAUGCCAAAGGUCGACAAUCAUUAUCAGAUGGACACCGAUGAUACGAUAUAUAGUAACACCUCAUACGAUCUGGGAGGGUUCUCCGGUGGCAGUACCUAUACCGGUGCCGCCAUCGGUCUCAAGAUGGCUGGUGCUACAGACGCCUUGAUGGAUGGAGCGGGAAGGGCGUUAUCUUACACGUACGAUGUAACAAAGACAAGUAACGAUAAGGAUGGAAAUGGGGUAGCCAGGACAACUACUUAUUUCAACAACUACCAUCUACCUAUCCGACAAAUCAAAUAUUCUCUUGACAACAAGGGCAACUUUGUAGAAGCCUACCAGACUGAAUACGAAUAUGACAUUCCGAUAGACGAAAGAGCCCGAACUACCGCGUAUAAUUAUCCAGUUGCUACAACAACAUUCAACAAUACAAACCCUACUGGGGACCCGGUCUGGCAGUGCCUUACACAUUCUAGCUCCGCAUACAAUGAAUACGGCAACUUGACUAGCAGAAUCUCGGAGGUCAAUAUCUCUGGUAGUGGUCGCGUCAAGCAGACAACAACAACAAAUGAAUAUAUGACAACAUCAUGUAACAUCCAGCUUGUAAGCGUGUCUACCCAGCGGGAUGAGAUCACCCAGUCCGAGGAACAGACGGCGAACACAGCAACCGAAGAUGGAAGGGCUGUGGCUUCUACUACAUCAUCUUUCCUUUCCGGAGCAGGUCAGCAGCUCAAGCCGUGGACUCGGCACACAUAUGGUUAUGACAGCCAGGGUAGAACCAUCACAGACACUCUGGCCUGGGCACCGGGCGCGUCGGUGCCCGAUGGUAGCGUUGACACAGUAACGAAUACGAUGACUUACUCUUUUGACAGUGGCACGCUUACCCAAACGGUCUACGACGCGGACAAAAACGCCACCGUCGUCAAAUAUGACAUGCGCAAGUACGCAGGGCCGAUGAUAAGCAAGACCUUGCCUUUAGGCCAGACCGAAAAGUUCGACUACGACAAUAUCUGCAGGCUAAUUAAACACACUGACGCCUUGGGUUACGUCACUACGAACACUUACACUGUUGGGCCAAAAGGUGGUUCGGAAAGUGUGAAGUCACCUGGAGGCUACGUCAAGCUUACGAAGUACGAUGUCUUAGGACGCGAAUCCGAAGUUCUUGACAAUGGAGAUCCAACUCAGGCAACUUCAUCCGAAGCCACUAGGCUUCUGAGGCGUCAAACGUACGACUUUCUUUCCCAAGUAAAGGAAACAACGGACAAUCUAGGGUUGGUGACCAAGUACGUUUACGACGCAUUAUCUCGUCCUCGUAGUGUGACCGACCCAAAGAAAAAUGUCUUGAACUACCAAUACGACGACGUAAACCUUGUAAUUACUCAGGAUCUUAACGGAGACAUCCGUUCUGUUACUCAACUGAACGGACGCACAGAGGCGCUCAAAGUCGUCACUUACCCGGAUUCUAGUGACGAGCUAGCUACGUACAUUCUCGAGACUAAUACUGUAUAUGAUGGGAAUAAACGACCCAUUAGCACAACGCAAAUCCAGAGACCUAAGUCAUCUGGAGAUAGUAUUACGCUUGAAAAGGCUGAUAUUGAAUAUGGCCCUCAGUCCCUCGUUUUCUCACGCACCAUCAUCGGCUCGGCUGUCGGGGGUACAGAUAUCGUUAAACGCCAGUUCACUUACGAUCUAUUGGGUAACACGUAUACGUGGAUCAAGGAUACCACGUAUGCUGAUGGCAGGGAAUACCAAGUCAGAGGCCCCAUCAACAUAUACGAUUGGAACAAUCGACUUGCCAUGACAAAAAACCAGCUUGGCCAGGAAGAACUGAAUUACUACGAUGCCAAUGGCUGGCUUAGCAAAACUGUGCGAUACGACGGGUCUGAAGUGAAUUCCAUCUGCGAUGAUGUUGGACAGUUCAUCAAAACGACCUAUCCUUCCAGCUCGAUAGAGGUUGAUUACGAUUCUGACGGGCAUAUAACUCAGGUGAAAGACGGAGACGACAUCAUCAAGUAUGGUAUUACCUUGGACGGUACUCUAGAUAAAACUACCUACAGUGACGGUCUCACGCAAGUCAAUAUUCUCGACAAGUACAGUCGACUCGUGACGCAAACAGACGUCUUUGGCGUUUCUCGGACAACCGAGUACGAUCGCACUAUCGCAUACGAUGGUCUCGGCCAAGUCACGUUCGAUAGUCGUCCUUCGGCAGGCCUCGGUGAUACUACGUAUACGUACGACGGCAAUUCCAACAUACUUUCCACCACGGUUGAUGGGAAUACAACUACAAUGUCAUAUAAUGAAAUCGACCAGCGCACAGAUGCUGGAUUCGUAUACGAUACACUGGGGCGGUUGGCCACCGAUAACCAGGACCAGAAAUACCAGUUUGAUGAUCGGGAUCGUUUGUUAUCAGUCCAAACUGGAGGCAUGGCAUCGGGUUUUGAGUAUCGAGCGGAUGACUAUCUCGCGCGCCGUAAAGGUGUUUCAGACACGGUUGAAAUGUACUAUAACAGCGGCAAGGUUAACUCACUGGCUGUCUUGAAGGAGAAUAAAUCAACCGAGAAAACGAGCUUCUUCACUGGAUCCAAGGCUAUCGUCGCAAGCUACACGGACGAGAAGACGCCCGACUACUUCUUCGACUCUGUGAAUUCUACAGCGCUGCUGGUAGGCGACGAUCACGAGACAUCCAUCACGUACGAUGCCUAUGGGAAGGCAAGCCCCUCGUCCACCGUCGACUCGCGGUCAAACUUCGGGUUCGGACAGGAAUUCUGCGAUGAGACGAGCGGGCUAGUAUAUCUGCGCUCCAGAUACUACAGCCCCAAAAUCAUGGGAUUCAUUUCUAUGGAUCGCAAUCACCAAGAGAACCGAUACGCAUAUUGCGAGGGUGACCCCAUCAAUAAUUUCGAUCCCCUAGGGCAAUCGUGGGAAACUGCCCUCGGAAUUACCGCCUUAGUUGUCGGGGCUGUCAUCGGUGCCGUCGUCACCGCCGGCGUCGGCCUAGCUCUCGAAGCAAGUCUCGGCGCCGCCGUUGGUGCGUUCGGGCUUAGCGAAGUAGCUGCCGCCACAGCAUCGUCCGUAAUCGGAGUCGCUUCGGCGGCAAUAGGGGGAGCAGUUGGCAAUGUCGCCGGCGGCUAUGUCAGCGCUGCCAUCCAAGGUAAUACUUACACCGGAAUGGAUGCCCUCGUCGACGCGCUGACGGGUGCCGCCGGUGGGUCAGUCGGCAAGUUGAUUGAGCCCACAGCUAAAGCGUUUGCGGCUAGCGCUAGAUACGGCGAAAGAGCAUUGACUCCGCUGGCGCAGAAGGCUCUGGCUAACGGAAUUUCAGGAGCUGUCAACAACGGGACGCAGUCUAUCGUUCGACCAAUCCUUCUAGGAGAGCCCAUAAGCCCGUUGAAGGUCGGUACUUCCAUGCUUAUGGGAUUCGGCGUAGGUAUAACUAAAACGUAUGCCUUGGAGAAGGUGAAGGUGCAGUAUCGCGAAACCUCGCCCCGUGUUCGGGCUGCAGCAAGGCAGUUCCUUGGACGUGUGCGAGGAAAGAUACAGGCUGGUAAGAUGAAGGAUAUUGAUAUUUACGAUAGCAGUGGGGUGGAUCUGGUUGGCUUCAAGAGUCUUUCGGGGAGUAGCUCGGCUGUUGACGCAGAGGUUUCUACUCUGGCGAGUUCAGCACUAAGAUCUAGGCUUGGGACUUUGAGUCAGGAACAUGAGGAUCUUCCUCCGUUGAUAACCGAACUUUGA